CACUAAAAUUUGCUAUUCGGAUAUCUUUUUGCCGGCGACCCUUGAAAUUUUUCGAUCUCGAACCUUACUGCCUCUCGUUUGAUCUUAUCUUCGACUUGGAAGGCCUUGCGAACCCAUACAUAUUAACAAAUCAUGUCUCGUUUUGAUAGAGGUCGCUCCUUUGAUCCAGGGAGCCGUUCAGAGCGUAAAAGCUUUGGAGGUGGUGGGGGUGGUAGUAGAGGAAGUGGCCGAGGUGGUUUUGGUGGAGGAUCAUUCAGAGGGGGGGGUGGUGGUGGAGGAUUUGGUGGCAAAAAAGACAAGUUAAACAACAGCCCAGGACAGCAUCUUAGGAAACCAAAGUGGGAUCUAGAUGCCCUGCCCAAAUUUAAGAAGGAUUUCUACCGAGAACAUCCAAAUGUGCAAAACAGAUCCAUGCAAGAAGUUGAGGAAUACAGGAGACGUUCUCAGCUUACUGUUCAAGGGAGGAAUGUCCCUAAGCCAGUAGUAACAUUUGAAGAAGCUAGUUAUCCAAAUAAUAUCAUGGAUACAAUAAGAAGUGAAGGAUUCCAAGAACCAACAGUAAUACAAGCCCAGGGUUGGCCAGUUGCACUAAGUGGAAGGGACCUUGUUGGAAUUGCACAAACUGGAUCAGGAAAAACUAUCUCUUUCAUUUUACCAGCAAUAGUUCAUAUCAAGCACCAACCUCUUGUCCAGCGUGGAGAAGGUCCAGUGGCUCUUGUCCUUUGUCCUACAAGAGAAUUGGCACAGCAGGUGCAAACUGUGGCCUUCCAGUAUGGUCGCAAUACCAAUGUCAAAAGUGUGUGCAUCUAUGGAGGGGCACCCAAGGGACCCCAAAUUCGUGAGCUUGAAAAAGGGGUGGAGAUAUGUAUUGCCACACCAGGAAGAUUGAUUGAUAUGUUGGAAGCUGGUAAAACAAACUUGCGACGCUGCACAUUUUUGGUACUUGAUGAAGCAGACAGGAUGCUUGACAUGGGCUUUGAACCACAGAUCAGGACAAUUGUUGAACAAACAAGACCAGACAGACAGACACUCAUGUGGAGUGCUACAUGGCCCAAGGAAGUGCAAGGGCUGGCAGCUGAUUUCUUGCGGGACUGUGUUAACAUCACAGUUGGCUCAGUGGGGCUCACUGCUAACCACAAAAUCUUACAGAUUGUGGAUGUUUGUGAUGAAACUGAAAAAGACUACAAGUUGAUCAAGCUUUUGGAAGAGAUAAUGGGAGAGUCUGAAAACAAGUCACUCAUUUUUACUGAGACAAAGAGAAGAGCAGAUGAACUAACAAGAAGGAUGCGUAGAGAUGGAUGGCCAGCAAUGUGCAUUCAUGGGGACAAAUCACAGCCUGAAAGAGAUUGGGUAUUAAAUGAGUUCAGGAAAGGUAAUGCUCCUAUUCUGGUUGCUACUGAUGUUGCCUCCAGAGGACUAGAUAUUUCCGACAUCAAAUUUGUCAUCAAUUUUGACUUCCCAAGUUGCUCAGAAGAUUAUGUGCAUCGCAUUGGAAGGACAGCAAGGUCUGAUCGCACUGGGACCUCGUACACUUUCUUCACUGUUGGAAAUGCCAAGCAGGCUAAAGAUUUAAUUUCCAUUUUGAAGGAAGCAAACCAACAUGUUAACCCAAAGCUAAUUGCACUUGCAGAACAAGCAAAGGGAAUGUUUGGUAAAGGGCGAAGCCGUUUUCGUGACAAAUCUGCACUGGGGAAUAGUGGUCACUUUAACAGGAACAACUAUGGGGAUUCCCGCAGUGAUUCAAGGAGUAGUACUGGAAGCAGAUCAGGGGGACAUUCAAGCUAUUCAGGCGGAGGUCGGGGUUCCUCUGGCAGAGGUGGCAGUCACAUGUCCAGUGCCAACAAGUCAUUCAAUUCCAACCGAAGUCAAGACUCUCGUGGGGUAAGGAGUCACUCACAACAGAAUGGCUCAUGGAACCAUAUGGGAACACAACAGCACAAUAUGAUGGGAGGAGGAGGAGGAGGAGGCUACAAUAAUUACAGCAAUUCAUAUGCACACCAGGCACCUCCUCCACCUCCACCAGGUCCUCCUCCUUCCCACUCAAAUCCACCCCAGCCUCUCAUGCAACAGCAGCAGUACAACCAAACUACUACAUACUCUCAGCCAUCCUACCAAGCUUACCAGCAACAAGCUACAAAUGCUGGGCAGGGACAAGUACAGCAGACUGCAGGGUGGUCUUAAUCAAGAGCAAAGUUAAACCUACGUAACUUUCUACUGCUCUUCUUUGACAUUUUAUUGAAUGAUGGUUAUUUGCUUUGAAAUUAGUUUUCCUUUGAUAUCCACAAGUUCAGGCUGAUGGGAACUCCAUGUUCAGUUCUGAUUUUAGCUUAUCCUUUUCAGUUGCUAUUUAGAUGAAUUUUUUUCUUAUUAGAGGAUAGUUCUGUGUAUUAGAAAAAUUACUCCAUAAGCGUUUUAGAAGUAGACUGUAGACUUAAACAUUGUCAAGGAUCAAAAUAAAUUUUCAGUCAACUGUGA